AUCCAUUGGUCAGCAAGGUUCCCGUAUCAAGUUUGCCUGCUUUUACUGUGAACAAAAAGACUGGGGCAGCUGUUGUUGCACAGGGGUUUGGGGCAGUAACGAUACCAGUAACUCUUUCCCCCCAUUUCCUGUGCUUCUGACUGCAAGGAUGGGUGAGCCGAAGGUUGAAGUGACUGAAUUGAUUGAGGAUACAGGACCAGAGGCUAAGCAGCAGGCGAACAAGAAUGGGAAGAAGUCAGAUGGAGCGGGGGCUACCUCGUUCUUUACCUGGUUCAUGGUGUUGGCUCUCCUUGGUGUCUGGACCUCAGUAGCAGUUGUCUACUUUGACCUGGUUGACUAUCAAGGCGUCAUUGCCAAGGCAAAGGACUUUCACCAUAAUCUUUCAGAGGUUUUAAAAGGCAAACUUGUUUCCUAUGAUGCUGAUGGUGAUGGUGACUUUGAUGUGGAGGACGCUAAAGUGCUGCUAGGACUGAAAGAUAAGGUUACUGCUGUGGAGGAGCCAGCUAAAGAAGAAGCACAAGCAGCACCUGUGGAGCAAGUGCCUGAGCCAGAACCUGUUGAGGAGACACAGCCCACAGAAGAGGAGGCAGUUCCAGAGCCAGGGCCAUUAGAGGAGCCUGAACCAGAGGUGGUGGAACCUGAACAAGUGGAUGUGCAGCCGCCAGAAGUUGUAGAAGAUGAGCCUGAGGUUCUAGAAGAGGAGCAAGAGAUUAUUGAAGAGGAGGUAGAGGUUCCAGAGGAAGAACCUGUAGUCCUGGAGGAGGAACCAGAGCUUACAGAGGAGCCUGAAGCAGAGGCUGUGGAGGCGGCUCCAGUGGAGUUGGAAGUAGAAGCUGCUCCUGAGGUAGUGGCGGAGGAGGCAACUGAAGAGUCCGCUCCAGUUGAAGAGGCUGAUGCUGUUGAGGAGCCAGUGGAAGAACCGGUUGAAGAGGCAGAAUCCACUGAUGAAGCUGUUGAAGAACCAGAGGAGGAGGCCGCGCCUGUGGAGGAGAAGGCCGCGCCGGUAGAGGAGGAGGAGGCCGCGCCGGUAGAGGAGGAGGAGGCCGCGCCGGUAGAGGAGGAGGAAGGACACAGCAGAAGAUCUGGCUCAAGAGGAGGCCUUUGUGCCUGA